CCCUAACCCUAACCCUAAAAAUGGCUUCCCAUUUCAUCCAACCAUUGUUCCUCUUCCUCCUCCUCUCCGGUUCUUUCAUUUCGGCCCAUUCUUUUGUGAAGCCCAACAACGAAGCUCGGCCCGAUAAUGAGACUGUUUAUAGGAUCUCGAAGGCCCUUUGUUGGGGUUGUUGGGCCGAAUCACUGGAGUUCCUUGUGGCCCAUAAUCUUGUAAGGGCAGCACAUUGGGAGCUUCCCUUGUGGUGGGACCCACGUUUGGAGGAGUAUGCACGCUCAUGGGCCGGGCUACGCCGGGCCGAUUGCAAGGCCAUGCACUCGUUCCCGGAAGACGGGUUCAAACUCGGUGAGAAUAUAUAUUGGGGUUCGGGCUCUGGUCCAACCCCAAGUGAUGCGGUUCGGGCCUGGGCAGAUGAAGAAAGGUACUACUCGUAUCAGAGUAACACGUGUGAGUCAGGGUUCGUGUGUGGACACUAUACUCAGCUCGUGUGGAGUCGCACACACCGGGUUGGGUGCGCACGUGUGGUGUGUGAUGAUGGAGAUGUGUUUAUGACUUGCAAUUAUGAUCCACCAGGGAAUUAUGUUGGAGAGAGACCUUACUAAGGUCACUGCCUUGUUAGCCCAUAUUGAGUUUUAAGGCCCAAAUGUUUUAAUUAUUCUGGCAAGGCUGGCCCAUUAACAGCCCGUGUAUGUAGACUUUAUCAAUCAUGUGUAUGUAAUAUAUAUAUA